GCACGUGUUGGUGUUGUUUUCAUUCUGUCGUCUUUUUUCGUUUUUCCGUUGCUGCUCGAAAACUAGAUUUGGAAACGGUGGAAAAGUACUGUUUCUCAAAAAUACAACUAUUACAACUCCUGUGAAAAUUGUAUAAGAUGUAUUUAAUGUAUUACUUGGAUCAGGAUGGUAACAGAGUCUACACCUUAAAUAAAAAUGACCCCUCGGGAAAACCAACUGUUUCGGCGCAUCCUGCCCGUUUUUCACCCGAGGAUAAAUAUUCGAGACAACGAAUUACGAUCAAGAAACGGUUUGGGCUGUUAUUAACGCAACAACCAGAGCCAGUUUAUUAAAUAAACAUGAUAUUAUAUAUUUUAAAUUAAUUAAUGAUUUAAUUGUAAAUGUAGUGCAUUAAAAUACAAUUGUUUGGUGUA